GCAUAGAUACUAGUUUGAAAGUGAUUUGAUGUGAAUAUAAAGAAUACCAAAGAAAUAAUCAAUUUAUAUCAAUAUUUAUAUUGAUUUUAAUAAUUAAUUAAAUGUGCACUAUUUGCGUCCAAAAUUAAUUUAUUUUAGCCUAAAAAGUGAAACAUGUAGUUCAAAAUGACACUAUAUUUAAAAUGUUUGGGCUUGACGUUUUAAAGCAUGUUGAUCAUCUGUGUUACUGGAAAAUGGCUGUGGGAAGUAUACUAAGCCUGUGGUUACAUGUAGUGGUUUUAUGUUGAUGUUAUUGUUUAAAGCAUAGGAACCGGACUGUAAUAAUGUCGUGUCAAAUUAGAACUAUCGCUAGUUUAAUUGACAUUGACAGUGUUAAGAAACAUUUGUUUUCUUUAGUUGAAGCAGAGCCUGACGAUUCUUGGGAAUGGCCAGACGAAGACUCAUUAAAAUCCAACGGUAAAGAAACAGCAUGGUUACAAGAAUGUUGCAUUUCACUGUCUUCAACAGGGCAGCUACUUGUGAUCGCUCACAAGAAAGUUAUGGUAGUUUUAACAUCAAAAUGGGAUUCACAAGAACAGGGUGAUGUCAAGAUGAAGUACCACAUAACAUGGCAUGGAAACCCCUGUAAGGAUGAAAAUGAGCAGAUAACCUCAGUCUUAUGUCUGCCAUUAAUCUUCCAAGGAAAAAGCAGCCAUUGUGGUCCAGACUGGACGUGCAUAGUUAUUGGCUUAUCAUCAGGAUUUGUUCAGUUUUACACAGAGAAUUGCAAUCUGUUGCUCUCAGAAUUGCUUCACAAUGAACCAGUUACCCAUCUAAAGUGCCAAUCUUUUGAACCACGAAGGUUUUCCACAGCACAGGAACACAGUGAAGAGCUGUAUGUCAUGUACCAUAGUGCUGUAUGUGUUUUGAUGGGCUUUGGACUCUUCCCGAAAUUGCGGGCCUGUCGCAACCAAUUGGCAAGAGUGAAAGCAAACUGCAAAGCAGUGAUGUCAGCAUCUCCUCUCACUUACAAGAAAUGGGGGUUCACCGAACAGAAUGUGGUGGCAGAUUCAGAGGUUGUUGGUCCAGCUACAAAUAACACGUUUGAUCAUCUUGUAACGGCAUCUUUGUGUGGAGGCUUCAAUACUUAUCGCUCCAGUGCACCACAGACUUCCCUUAUAUUAGCUGUUGGCAAGAGACCUUAUGUUGGCUUUCACUAUGCCUUGGAAGGGGAAGCACCACCAAUGUUUGCAGGUGUUACUAAAGCAGUGGUCAGCAAAGUGAAGGCUGCAUUUGGUCAAGUUGUCCCGAGCUGGAUAGGUGGAGGAAAGCAAAACAGCUCUUUAGAGAAAGAUAAAAAGAAUGUGCCCAUAGAACCUGCAGUCUCAAUGGUAUGUAGGUUUGGGUUAUGUGAUCUUCUGAGACAUGGGGAUAGACUUGUGAUGUCUCCAAAUAGGAAUUUAUCUGUAGUAUCAGACAGCCUGGGCCGAAUUAUCUUAAUAGAUAACCUAAGAGGACUGGCAGUUCGUAUGUGGAAGGGCUAUCGUGAUGCACAGUGUGGGUGGCUUGAAGUGCAGGAGGAAACAGGACGUGGUGGCGUCAGUUCCAGAAGUGCUCCUCUGCCACGGACGGCACUUUUCCUUGUCAUCUAUGAACCUAAGCAAGGUGUCAUAGAGAUAUGGGCUAUGCAGCAGGGACCGAGAGUUGCCAAGUUCACAGCCAGCAAAAGUGGAAGGCUUCUGCACAUGGGUCAUGGUUUCAUGGGUCUUGAUAACAACCCCUUGGAAGGUGGCAACAAGUCUCAGUUCUCUUGUGUUUUUGUUGAUCCAGGUGGCUUAAUAAAGGAGAUCUCUGUACCCUUCCACUUUGCACUUAGUGACAAAAACAGUAAAAGAACAAGGGACCUUCACUUACUGAAGAAACUGAAGGCGUUCCUGAAGGAAAAUGACUAUGAUAAUGACAGAUUGAUUGAGGAGGUGCAGAAGAGAAUGCAGGAACUGAAAACCAAUGACAUACGCACUCAGGCUAUUGACAUGCUUUCAACUAGUAAAUAUAUUACUCCCGAUGCUCUGGAAGUUGCGUUGAACAUUGUUGUUGAUAAGUUGACUUCCCAAGAUGCUGAGUCAGUGGAUCACAGCAGUAAAACGUUGCUACACAUGGCACAGCAGUUGCAGAGGCUCGUGUCUUUCUAUCAAUUUAUUCGCCGAGAGCAUCAGAUACCCCCCACGUACAGCACCGUUGUUGCUGACAACCUCAACUCACCACAGUCGUUAUCCAUACUCCUGCAUGCCCCAGAAAAGGAAGUGAAUGGUCUAAGAAAAUUAGUUGCAACUAUCGAGUCUGUUGCUCUGAAAACAAAGUCUGAAUCUGAACCAAGGGUUGCAUUCCGAGAGGAUGGGAAAACUGCGUUUGUUGAGUUCCUGUCCUGUUUUGAAGUUGGAGGUCCAUCACAGGAAUCAUCAACAAUCAGUCUUAAGGAAAACAUCUCUGAAGACAAACUAAAAAGAAAUAGUGAAAUGGUGUAUCAGGGAACAUUGUACAGUGAUACCAAAGUGGAGGACUGGAAAAAGGCAGCUGCCAAGAGCCAUAUUGAGCCAGCUCAUCUCAUGCAGCUGGCUCUUCAUUUCUGGCUUCAGAAACGAGAAGGAGCAGCACUGGAAGCGGAGAUGCUGCGUUUCACUGAGCUCUUGAAAGCCAUCUGCUCACUCACAGAUGUAAACGUGAUAUGUGCAGAGUACAAUGGGCUAUCGUCAUGGUGGCGUGAUGUGCGCCGCAUUCUUACAGAUUCAACAAAUCCAUUCAUGGCAUUAACAGCGGCCAUAGUCUGCAGAGCUGUGGCUCUUUCAGUGGAAAAGGUUAAAGAAUCCAAUGUUCUUGCACAUGACAUUUCAAUGCCAAAUGGAGGACCAGGAGAUGCAGUUUCAUUGCAGCAAGAAUCAUCUGCUGUAUCACCAGAUGAUGAAACUCACAGUUCGACAAGUGAGUGGGAAAAUGUCUCUCAUGAUACGUGCCAGUGGAGCUUGCUGAUUGGUCAGUUGGAAGAUGUGGCCCUGUUGGACUCAGUAUUGAGGCAGAAACCAACACCAGUAGAGGGGGGUGCAGUUCCAGUAUCAGGCAGACCUCAGCUGUUCUGUUGCCCUUACAGCAGGCCUGCAGUGUCACUUAGCUACCUUCUCAAUAAAGGAAAAGGUUCAGUCUCAGAGCUAGUGGCUCGUUGGCUCAGUUCAGCAGGACUCGACCCUGACAGAUUAGUGGACCUGUCUGAUGUUGAAUUUGAUAAUUUAGAGGAGCGUGAACGGCAUCCUGAAGAAGGCAGUUUCAGGAAGGCUGCAUCUCUAGAUAUCAAAGAGGGAAGUAAGCUAGAAGUGGAGCAAUGUGCAGAAGCCGUACCCGCAAAUGAGCAUGAAUCUAACAUACUGGCUAACCUGGGCAUUCUGAAAUGCCACUUUCCAUACAGUUUGUCGUCAAGUAUUCUCUUAGCCAAUUUGUGUUGGGAAUUCUUGUUGGCAUGGCAUCGCAGUGUGGAUGAUCUGAAUGCUCUGUGUGCCGCAGUGAAAUGUCUACAAGCAGUUCCAUCCCCUCGUCUGAAAGAAGGACUAAGCAGCCUGAUGUGGAAGAUGCACUUAGGACCGAGGUUUGAGUCGGCUGCUCGUCUCUUUCAAAAAGUUGGUAAAAUUCCUAAGGAGCGGCUCUGUAAACAAGAUAUUGGAAUAUCAGAUCUAGAAAUGUUUUCCUUUUUGGAAACCUGUGUGGACUUCUUGGAUAUUUUUGUGGAAGCAAGCUUAGUGAGUGCAGCUGAAGCACCGCUCGACAUCACUCGGCAUGAAGAGCUCUGGAACUGCGGAGGGUCAGGUCCACCGUCAUUAGUUGAGUUGGCUCUUUCACAGCCUACAGUUAAUUACGAUUUGCUGCAUCUGCAUUACCAGUUGGCUGUGGCAUUGCAGAUGCUGACAUUGUUCACCAUGCGCUUCCCCCGACCCAUCUCAUCUCUCUUUGAUAAUAUGGGUCAAGCAGCACUCUUUGCAGAUUUGAGCUCACAGCCACAGCUGCCAAGCCAUAACCCUGACCAGUCGCUUAUCACCGCUCGAACUCGGUUCCUGUGUAGAGUCAUUACUGGAGCCAUGCAGAUGAUACAAGUGGAAUGGGGUGAAAGUGGUCAAGAUGAUAAGGUGAAGAAGUUAGAUGCCAGACUUGCUGUUCAGUGGAUGAGCAAAUGCAUCGACCUUGCAUCUGUAUGGCAAGUUAGCAGCGACACUUUACGCAGACAUCAAAUCUGUGAGCUUUAUUCCAAUGGCUAUGAUCGCUUGGCUGAGGAGGUAAUGCCUGCAUUGCAAAAUCCAUCCCUGGUAGCCUCUCAGCUGUUGCUGAUUGCAGGACAGCGCUUGCGGCAGGUCGUUAUGAACUCUACCGAUAUGAGAAACAAAAUGUCACACCUCAGCCCUUCACUCUCUACAUGGCUUCACAGUUUGAGUGAAGACAACCUGAAAAGCUGUGACACCCCUGAUCUAAAUGACUUGACACAGUUGCUUGCUAUCAUUAUGCAGCAUUUGCCUGAAAGUCAUCAGGAUUACCAACUCACUGCCCACAUGGUGGAAACAGUGCAGGCAUUCAUAAGCAGUAGCAAGGGCAUCUCUGCAACGUGACCCUUGUCAUAAAGCUGAUGCAAGGUUUGUUAUGGCUGUGUGUAAAGUAAGGCCCCAAUGCAGCAUCAUGUAGAGACACCAGUCUCUUAAGAUUCUUCAUAGUACUCACCAAAGUUGUACUGGAAUUAUAGUUGUGACAGUUCAAUGAAUUUUGAAACUUAAAAUCAGAGAAAUAGAAGAAGCCUCUUAUGUAGUCAUAAGGUACUCCUUUUGUCCAUAGUGUCUGUAUACGAGUAUGUCACUGAUAGAAAUAGUGCAGCACUACAAAUUUUAUAUUUUCAUCUUUCUUUGCUAUUUAAUUUUGUUCUGUUGUCUAAAUGUUCAUAUAUGAAACUGUUUUUGGUGUGUUUUUUCUUCUUAGGAGGUGGGAACAGGCAUGUAACUUUUUAUGAUGUGAAUAUUCAUUUAACAGAGAGUCAGCAUUAAGUCUCAUUCAUUUCGUAAAACUUUUCUGAUAGUUCUGAUCUGCUGUUUUCAGAGCACUGAUCUGUUUUACUUAGAGCAGUGGUUAUCGGUCUUCAGGACAGCGAUCUACAUUCCUCAGAGGACUGAUCUGCUCUCAUCUCCUGUCCUCUCCUACUUUUCUUAAGUACUUCCCCUAAAGCACUGACCCACUUUUCUGAACAAUGAUAUACAUACUUUUCUCAGAGAUUUUCAUGUCUCAUAUAAUUUAUGGUCAGUAAUUCCAUGUAUUCUGUUAUGACAGUGCCUUUUACAAAAUUCAGCAUGAUCAUUCCAGAGUUUUAACUAAGCUUUAUUCAACAGUGGAAUGAAGAAUUUUAACUAUGGCAUGGUUUUGACUUAUUUCAUCCUGGUCCAUCACACUAGCAAUAGUAUAAAAGAUUAUUAAUGUCAUCCAGUGUGAUUGAUAAAUUUUGUGUUUUUUAAUCUGUCAUCCUUAACGUGUUUCAGUCAUUGUGACCAUUUUCUGAAAGACAUUAUCAGUACUUACAGGAACUACUAUUACAAUGUCAUAGAUAUAAAAUAUUAUUCUGUGACAAUUAGUACAAUGUGCAUGAAUUUGUUAAACAUUUAUAAAUUAUGUCUAAUUAGUAUGUUUACAAAGUAUUGUUUAAAAAACUUUUUGUUAAAAUGUACAACCAAUUUGGUUUGUGUCUUUAUACUUCUCUUUAAAGGAAGAGGAAACAAUUUAAAAAAUGUAUGUUGUUAUAACAACACAGCAUGGCCUGAACAACUGGAAAACACUAGAGAGUCCUAUUGUUGAAAUGAUGGAACCACGACGUGGCAUAUAUUCCUCUUCCUUUAAAGAGGAGUAUAAAAACACGAACCAAAUGGUUCUAGAUUUUAACAAAAAGUUUUUUAAACCAUACUUUGUAAGUAGACUAAUUAUAAAUAAUUUAUAAAUGAUUUAACAAAUUCAUGUACAUUGUAGUAAUUGUUACAGGAUAAUAUUUUAUAUCUACAACAUUGUGAUAGUAGUUUCCAUGUGUAUUGAUAAUGUCCUUGUGAAGAUGGUCGCUAUGACCAAAACACGCUAAGGAUGAGAGAUUAAAAAAAAACAACAUUUAUCAGACACACUGGAUUGUGUUAAUAAUCUUUUAUACUAUGGCAUGGUUCUUUUAAUAUCAAAAGUUUUUAUUUUUCAGCUGUAUUUAGUGCUUGGAAAGCAAACAGAAUUGUUACAUAUUUUUUCACUUUCACGAGAGUGGUGCAUAUUUGAUACAGAAUCCUUGGAAUCCAUCUUGUGCUUGCUUUCUAAAAGUGAAAGUGCUUAUGAAUAACUGUCUACACUACUAGCACUGAUUUUCACUUCUAAGAUUUCAAAUACAGAAACAUGAUGUCCAGAAUAAGUUUCUUAUCAUUGUUACUAUUCAUGUGAUGGACUGGUGUUUGUAGCUAUAAGGGAGAGUGCUGUGUCACAGUUGCCCUUCAGUGCAGAACACUGUUCAGAGAGAUGGCUCACUCUGUCACAGUUGCCCUUCAGUGCAGAAUAGCACUCAUACAAAUGUGAUAUCAGCAAUGAAUCAUGCCCGAGUUGUACUCCAGUGAAUAUCAAAUGGUUUUCAGCCUAGUUUCGCUAAAAUUUCAUUCCACUCACUGCUCCACCUUCUUACUAAUUUCUCUGGACACAGUCUUGUGGCGUGACUGAGCACAUGUGCACAAAAGCCACUUAGAGACAUACAAAAUGACUCUAUAUAAAAGUGACAGCUGAUGCAUGUCAUUGUUAUAGGAAACAGUGAUGAAUUUUGACUAAAUUUGAACCACCUAUGUAUGUCUUGUUCUGUUUUUAGCAAAAUGGAAUUGUCAUUAAUAAGUCAUCACUUUAGCUAACUGUUCAGUUUGUGAUUGCUGCAUCUCCCUGAUUGGUAAAUAUCUUAACUCCGUGAAUAAACCAUAACUACUUGAUCCUCUUGCACUACAAUGUUUUACAUGCAUUUAUGGACUGUAAAGAUAUGGUAUCAUUGUCAGAAAGUAUCAUUUUUGAGAAGGUAUAAUGUAAACAGUAAUUUAAUGUUAUAGGUGGCAUACCUUUUACAAUAUUGUACAGCUGUUUAAUUUAUUCUUGUUUAUGUUACAAUACAAGAGGAAAGUGCAGUAAAAUAUCAUUAAAAGUGCA